UCGAGAGAAACAUUUUCUGGCGUACAGUCCUAUGAAUGGAAAUUCAAAGGACUUUGGUUCUUUAGAGUGCCUAUAUACCUUCGAUCAUACAACAGAUACAUUACUAUACCUUUACAACUUAAAUUUCGGAAUCGGUUGGUUACAUUUCGGAGAAGAGAACUAAAUUUCCUAAUUGUUUUCAGGUGGCAACACCGCAUCAACGCACCGUAGAGAACAGCGGAUAGCUCUGCCUCGUACGGCACUUUCAAUUCAACUGUUGCACCAAAACCUAAAUAUACUCUGGGUCAGAGAUCCAGAUCCUGACUAUUGACAUUUGACGCGUUUGGUACUAGUGCAGCGUGCUCAUGUAUAUCGCGUAGGUGAUCAAUUGAUCGUCGUUUGUAUCGUUGAGGGGACCUCGGAUUACCUCAGCCAUGGCGGAAGAGGAUAACAUGAUGGAGGAUGCCAACGACAUGAACACCAAGUUCGGGUUGAAGUUGAGGGGUCGAAAGGGUGCUUUGAAGAAGAAAAACGUGUACAACAUCAAGGACCACCAUUUCAUCCCUAGGUUCUUCAAGCAGCCGACUUUCUGCUCGCACUGCAAGGAUUUCAUCUGGGGCUUCGGUAAACAAGGAUACCAGUGUCAAGUUUGUAGUUAUGUCGUCCAUAAAAGAUGUCAUGAGUACGUGUCAUUCACCUGUCCUGGAGCAGAUAAAGGUGCAGAUUCGGAUGAUACCAGAACUCGACAUAACUUUAAGGUGCAUACAUACUCAUCUCCUACAUUUUGUGACCAUUGUGGCUCACUAUUAUAUGGAGUAAUUCAUCAAGGCAUGAAGUGUACAGCAUGUGAUAUGAAUGUCCACAAGAGAUGCGAAGAGAGCGUACCCAACCUUUGUGGAUGCGACCAUACAGAACGCAGAGGCAGGAUCCAACUAAAAAUCAAUUGCAACGGCAGCAAGCUUACCGUCGAAGUGAAGCAAGGAAGGAACAUGAUACCAAUGGACCCGAAUGGUCUGAGCGAUCCAUACGUCAAGCUCAAACUGAUUCCAGACUCAGACAACGUCAAGAAGAAAACCAAAACCAUCAAAGCCUGUCUAAACCCUGUCUGGAAUGAAACGUUGAUUUUUGAUCUGAAAGCAGAAGAUAAAGACCGCCGUCUCCUAAUCGAAGUUUGGGAUUGGGAUAGGACCUCUCGGAAUGAUUUCAUGGGGUCCUUGUCUUUUGGGAUAUCCGAAAUCCUGAAGUCCCCUGCCGAUGGUUGGUUCAAAUUGCUCACUCAAGAAGAAGGGGAAUUCUACAAUGUUCCGGUUCCAGAGGAAGGUGUAGAUAUGGCUGUUAUAAAGAACCAACAAAGGAAAGCUUCUAUCAUCAAGAAACCAUCCUUGUUGGUAGAUAAAGAUGUUCCACACAAUAUGGGAAAAAGAGAUAUAAUAAGGGCUAGUGAUUUUAAUUUCCUUAUGGUACUUGGUAAAGGAUCAUUCGGCAAGGUAGUGUUAGCUGAACGGAAAGGAACAGAUGAACUUUAUGCCAUCAAAAUACUCAAAAAAGAUAUAAUCAUUCAAGAUGACGAUGUUGAGUGUACCAUGGUUGAGAAACGAGUUUUGGCCCUAUCCAAUAAACCACCAUUUUUGGUACAGUUACAUUCCUGCUUCCAAACGAUGGAUCGUUUAUAUUUUGUGAUGGAAUAUGUGAAUGGAGGAGAUCUGAUGUUCCAAAUCCAACAAUUUGGAAAAUUCAAAGAACCAGUAGCCGUGUUUUAUGCUGCAGAGAUAGCGAUCGGAUUAUUUUACUUGCAUUCCCGAGGCAUUCUCUAUCGUGAUUUGAAGUUAGAUAAUGUUCUGUUGGAUCAAGAUGGCCACAUCAAGAUAGCUGACUUCGGAAUGUGCAAAGAGAGCAUCAAUGGAGAAAAGACGACUAAAACUUUUUGUGGUACUCCAGAUUAUAUAGCCCCAGAGAUAAUUCUGUAUCAACCCUAUGGUAAAUCCGUUGACUGGUGGGCUUAUGGAGUACUGUUGUAUGAAAUGCUGAUUGGUCAACCUCCAUUUGACGGUGAAGAUGAAGAGGAGUUAUUCGCCGCAAUAACAGACCACAAUGUCAGCUACCCAAAGGGGUUGUCGAAAGAAGCUAAAGAAGUUUGCAAAGGAUUUUUGACGAAGAAUCCUGCCAAAAGGUUGGGUUGUGGUGCUCAAGGCGAAGAAGACGUCAGAAUACACGCAUUCUUCAGGCGCAUAGACUGGGAUAGAAUAGAAAACAGAGAAGUACAACCACCUUUCAAACCAAAAAUAAAACAUCGUAAGGAUGUUAGCAACUUCGACAAACAGUUCACUUCAGAGAAAACUGACUUGACCCCAACAGAUAAGCUGUUCAUGAUGAAUUUGGACCAGACCGAAUUCACUGGUUUCUCAUUCCUCAAUCCGGAAUUCAUUCAACAUGUCUAAACGGAGGUGGACAGUAUAUAAUAUAUACUCUGGUAUCAAAUUGAUUAUGUAAUUCGGUCAUCUACUCAGAAGUACCCAACAUUACAUUAAUUAUAUCUUUCUGCGAAAGCCACUCAAAUCAUGACAUAUCUAACUGAAAACAAUAAGUAGAAAUAUGAUUCGUGAGUAAUACAAAGAUGAGAAAUUUGAGGGAUUCUUGGUGUCCCUGAUGUUGUGCCAAGUUCUUGCUAAGCCAAAACAUUCCAGCAUUUAGCAUCAUACUCUUUGAAAAAUUCCCUUAGUUGCAACGUAGAGAACUAGGUUAUAGCAAUAACAUUCCAUAGAGGUAGUUCUAUUGCACUGUUAGCUGAAUUGCAUAUUGAAUUUGCAUAAGGUGAUACUAUUUAGCGAUAUUUCAAAUGCCUCUCUAUUUUCGAAAAUUGUCACCGCACUAUAGUAGUGUACAAUGAAGUAGUUUCCACGUAUUCAAUAGUGAAUAAUGUAAUGUAAGUUUCUCGUUGAAGUUCUUCCAAAGUCAUCAAUGUGCUGAGAUAACAUGGAGAUAGAAAAUAAUGUGAACAUUUUUAUUGAUGUUUAUGUAUAAGUAUCUUGAAGUAUAGUCGAUUAGGUAUACCUACGUCCUGUAUUUUCGAACUGUGGGAUGAGAGUUUACUUGGUCGAAGGGCACAAAAAACAUCGGCGUGAAGAAGAGUUGCUUUUAAAAAAUAACCUCGUCGACUCUCCCUCGUCGUUAGGGUUCAUAACAAUGGUUUUCAGGAAUUUUCCUUGAUAUUUUCAAUUCUCAAACAAGCAGAAUUGGAUUUCGAUUUUCAUCUACCUAUUCUAUUCAUUCAGCACAAGGAUAGUUUUAUAUCCUGAUCACUAAAAGGUAUCAUUCAAUAUUUUUCAGCAUUUGAUAUCUUAUACAGGGUGGGCGACCAGUAACGCUUCGGUCUUUAGAAGGGUAACCACUCAUCUUGUUGAAAUUCUUCCUCUUUAGGACGUUGCAUGUCAACAUAGGCUACCAUUUGAAAUUAUUUUGAAACAUGGGUGUCUCCCAAAAAAAUCCACUGAAGUUAUACUUUUUUUAAUGGUACAUCCUAUAUAUUAUUCCAUUUCGAGAUUCUCCCGGAAUAUCUGAUUUCAACGACUCAUCGUACUUGGGGUCUAGCAGUAAUGAUUACUGAGAUAUAGGGUGUGAAAAAUGGAGAUUUUCCAAGUUCAGGAAUUGUUUGUGUCGAAACUAAUUAUUAUUGGUCAAAAUGAUUUACAUAUCCCUAUCUCAAUUUUCUAUUCACUAUCGAUUGGUAUUUAAUUAAAAUAGAUACAGGGUGGUCAAAAAUCUCAAUUCUGAACCAACCAUGCAGUAUUUGUUUUAAUUGAAUAUCGAUUGAUAGUGGGUACAAAGUUGAGAUAGGGACAUGUAAACCGUUUUGACCAAUUAUGAAUAG